AGGAUUCUUUAAAAACUUUUUCAACCAAUCAAAAAACGAUACGUAUUUUUAUUGAAGUAGUAGAGAAUUUACGAAAAUUCGAGAAAAUAUCAUCACCAUUUACAAAAGAACACGACAUCGUAGACGAACUGGAAAAUGGCUAAUUGAAAACACGUUAAGAAAAAGAAAGCACGAAAAUAUUACAACGGCCAUGAUAGAUUAUCACCAUUUUAAUCAAGCAAAGGAUUGCAGUAAGAGAUAAAGAGAGAUCAGACGUUUUUACGCUUCCGCAGCACUAGCAAUCAAAUACAGACUUCAGAAAAUUGAUAAAGUUUAUUGUGUGAGAUUAUACGAAAAUAUAGAAAUGUCAACUGUGUUUAUCACCGUGCCCAAAUUUGUGGCCUUAACGCCGGGAACGGCAUCGACGUCAUCUACAACACCAGUGAAAUGUAGUCUGACCAAAAUCAUGCCAGCUCCUCCGUUGACAGAUGUCUUGCCAACAUCGAAAGCAUCUACGGGUGAGCCUACGUCUAAAGCUAAAAAGAGACGUCUGGAUCACUUAUCGUGGGAAGAAAAAAUACAAAGAAAAAAAUUAAAAAAUCGCGUUGCAGCGCAGACAUCACGAGAUCGUAAAAAAGCACGUAUGGAGGAAAUGGAAAACAUAAUUAACGCAAUGACUGAGAAAAGUGAAAUUUUAGAAAAUAAAUGCCAGAGCUUACAAACUAUUAACGACUCAUUGCUGGAAAAAAAUGAAAAACUCGAUGCAGAAGUUGAGCAAUUAAAACAGCAGGUUCAGUUAUUGCAAGCACAACAACAGCAAAUGCAACACAAAAUUGCUGCCUGCAUUGGCUGUGAAUCUUUAUUAAAUGGAUCAGCAGUAUCCAAAAAUACUGACCCUCAGCAGAAGGGUUCCAAGGACUCACAGUCACCGCAGGAAGCAAUGACAUUGUUAAAACUGAAACAGAUUCAGAACGUAGCGUCACUCUGGCGUAUAAUAGCUCUUUGCCUACUCUACAAGAUAUGCUGUUGCCCGACAAUGAAAUCGACAACCAGUCUGGAUAAUAAAGAAUUUGAUGCCGGAAACUUGGAAGAACUUGCUGAAAGCCUGCUCGCAGAUAUCACCGCAGACCUGGAAGCAGACGAUCGCACGAGCAGCGAGUCUAUUACCCAAAAUUCAAGCGGAACAGAGCGAUUGCUUGGAUCAGUGGUGGGGACCACAACAGAAUGCUUGGAAUCCAGCCAACAUAAAAACGACAACAGCGGCGGCAUAAAUAUCGCAGACAUAAAAGAUUACCCUCAGCAAUCAUCGGACAUCACACUAGAAAAUGAAGGUUUAACAUGUUUAAGAAAUGACGUGACUGCUACAACUAGCACCGCUGAUACCGUAUAUGGAACAUACGAUGCUAAAACAAAUUCGAUAACAAUAGAAAUGGAUGAUGUAGCUGUGCCCGUUGACGAGGCAGUAGAGGAAAUCUACUCUGAUGAUAUGUCAGAUAACGUAUCAUCAAAUGAACUGUUAUGCCCGUCCGUUCCAACUUCCCCUUCCCACAUUUAUCUAAAUGUCACCUCUCCUACUGACGAUGAAAUGGCUGGUGAUGAUGUUAAUUUGAAUUUUGAUCCCAUAACGAGAUUUGUGUACCCUACGCGUUCGGUGGUCUCGCCUUUAGCAAAAUCUCCAAUGCAUUCAUUCGAUUCGACUUUUUCAGAUCAUGGCUAUGAAUCGAUAAUGGGAUCACCGCAGCCCUUAUCACAUUUAGGCUUACCCAGUUCUCAGUUUGAGCCAGCAAUCGUUGACGAUAUUGAUUGGCCAUCGAGCUUUAAUGACCUCUUUCCCAACUUAAUUUAAUUAUAUCGAUAAUUUAAUUUUAGCAUCGUUUAAUUUUAGUUGUACAUAAUAAGCUACGAGUAUGUACGGUGUGUGUUUGCAAGAAUAAGUAUUGAAAAAUAUGCGUCCAAGGAGCGCAUUUAAAAUAAUUAUAAUUCAACGAUAAGCUGUUUUUGUAAUAUAUUCCGUCAUUAAGUUUAACAUGUUAACCCUUUUAUUUCUAAGAUUAAAUAAUAAGUUAUUAAGGAGAUGUACGUUUAAUCAAUAAAUUGAGUUCUUUUUCUUUUUGGUUUUCAACUAA